CCCUCUUCUCUGAUUUUUCUUCCUAACAAGAUUCUAGCACCAAAAAAUAUAUAUGUAUCUUCUAUGCUCUUGGGAACUGUCCCAAUUAUUGAGUGUCACUCCAAUAACCUCAGGGGUUGGGAGAACCUCUGCACAUUUUGGUGUCUAUCUUGUAAAUUUUUGAUUAAGGGUUUUGCUUUUUCUUUUAUCUUUUUUUUUUUUUUUUCUCAUUUGGUUGUUUUUUUGUGAUUAUUAUUUCCUCUUCUCUUAGAUCUGAGUAGCUUCUUUACAAGGGUUUAUGCUUUGCCCAUCAUCUUUCAAAUUUGGAAUUUUCCUGACUUUUUGGAAAUAAAGCAACAGAUUCCUUCCAAAUGCUUAUUUGAUUAUAUGCUUCUUUAGCCAUAAGAAGCUCUACUCCUCUGCAUUUCCUCUCUGGGUUAUCUCUCUCUCUUUGAACUUGUCAUUGAGAGAGAGAGAGUUAGAUUCUACAAUAUUGUUUUGACAUGCUUGCUAUGUACAAUUGUUCUCUAGAACAAUGAAUAGGGGAAUUGAAGUUCUCUCUCCAGCCUCCUAUCUCCAAAAUUCAAAUUGGUUGUUCCAGGAAAGCAAAGGAGCCAAAUGGACUCCACAAGAGAACAAACUGUUUGAGAAUGCCUUGGCCUUUUUUGAUAAGGACACCCCUGAUCGAUGGAUGAGGGUGGCAGCCAUGAUUCCAGGCAAAACUGUAGGCGAUGUGAUUAAACAGUACAAAGAACUUGAAGAAGAUGUGAGUGUCAUUGAAGCAGGUUUGAUCCCAGUUCCUGGGUAUAGUACUAGUUCUUUCACAUUGGAGUGGGCUAAUGAACAAGGCUAUGAUGGGUUCAAGCAAUUUUAUAGUGUUGGUGAUAAAAGGGGUGCUUCCACUCGGCCAUCUGAGCAGGAAAGAAAGAAAGGAGUGCCAUGGACUGAAGAGGAGCACAGGCUAUUUCUGCUUGGUCUCAAAAAGUAUGGUAAAGGGGACUGGAGAAAUAUUUCUAGGAAUUUUGUGACAACAAGGACACCAACUCAGGUUGCAAGUCAUGCUCAAAAGUAUUUCAUAAGGCAACUUACAGGAGGGAAGGAUAAGAGGAGAUCCAGUAUCCAUGAUAUCACAAUGGUUAAUCUACCAGAAACAGAAACUCCUUCAUCAGACAGUAACAGGCCUUCUUCUCCUGAUCACUCAGUUAAGGUUGUGAAUCCACAGCAGAAUCAGAAAUUUUCUUGCAUGCUUAAACAAGAAUAUGACUGGAAAUUACCACACAAAGGCAUGCCAAUUGUUUUCAACUCAACAAAUAGAAACAUGUUCAUGGCACCAUUGCAUGGGAUUUCUUCAUGUGAAUCUAAGCCACAGGAGCAUAAUUUACUCAGAGGCACUCUCCAUGGGUGCCAGUUUUCACCUUACGAUAAUAUCUUGCAAAUGCAACCAAUGCAACAUCAAUGAACCAUGCAUGUGAUGCAGGGUUAGAGUUUUGAAGGUACUAAAAUUCUUAACCUUAUUCAGUGAUGUUGGAUUGCUUUAUAGAUGGUUUAUGUGAAUAUGUUGAGGGGGACUACAAUUAAUUAUUAGAAUCUAUAACGAGAUUAGUUCAUAUCAUGUUCUGAUAUUCAACUUCUGGGAUUAGGUUGUCAAAGAGAAGUUAAGUUUGGGCUUGUGUACUACGAUUUUCUGGUUACUUGUUUGGUAAUUUGAUUAUAGUUAGAUGGCAGAUUUGAGUGAUCCUGCAUCUGAUGUGCAUCUUUCUACAUAGGCAGGAGUUAUCUACAGAAUGCCCUGAGCAAGAGGAGUUAUCUCUUAACUUUUUAUGAGAUGCUUCAAAUAAGUAUGCAGUUCCAAGUUCACAAGGAAUUAAACAAAGGCAUCAAUCUUAUUGAUGUUAGUGGUGUCAUUUGAAGCAAAAGAAUAUAUUUGGGGUGCUAAUUUUUAUAAGCCUACAUUAGGUGUGUAUUUAAAGCCUUAAAAGUUAAAAGUGUGAUUAGACCAGAAAGCUUUUUUAAAUGUGGUAAGGAAUUGGGCAGAGUUGUUGGUCCUCAUGUACUAUAAAGAAAUGUGAUUUAUCAUGAAGCAUUUGAUUUGAAACAUAAUGUCUUGGAACCACUAGUUCUACAAACUGGUGGACAUUAAGAUCCCAGCAAAAAGUCCACGAUUCUGAAAUAGGUCAUUGUUUUAUGUGCUACCCCUAUUUGAGUCCACGAAUUACUUUUGAUUCUAUGUAAGUUCAGUUAGUCUACAAUUGAUUAUGUUGAUGUUACGUGGAGAAUGAAUAUUGAUAGUGAUUAAGAAUUUUAAUGCGCGGAAUGAUCAAAGUAAAGAAUCAUCCUCUCACCCUGGAGAAGAGUUUUGGUGCAUCCGGAGUAUCAAAUCUUAACUGGUUCAAAUCAAUAAACAUGUGACAAUUAAUCAGGAGAGAGAAGAGAAGACAGAAUAAAAAAAAUUAUACAAGUGUCAAUCUCUCAAUGAAAAAAGUGUCAAUCUCUCAAUGAAAAGAGCAUAUGAAGAUAGGAAUACUAAGAAAAUUUCCCUCACUCUCGUGCUUUUCUGGGCAAGUUGAAGUAGUUGAUUUGUACACUAGGCCAUGUCAUCAUAUGGUUGGUCCGCAAUU